AUGAGCGUCGCAGGUGGGCGUGUUUCUCGUCAGACCCUCGUCUUCGCUUCGGCGUCGUCGUCUUCGUCUGGCUCGCUUGAAGCUGUGUUAAUGCUUGGAAGUAAUUUUUUACUUUUUAUUUUUCUGCAGCCCCGAUUAGGUUUAGCGCGGUCACGGGCUAAAGUUUCCUCCGCGAAAGCUUCAAAAACAACCUUGAGAGGAGAACGAAGAAAGGGAGAGAGAGCAGAGAGUGUGAGAGCUGGCAGAUGCGAGAUGGGAGCGCCGAAGAAGACAGCUACUCUGGACGAAGGGCGAGAUAAGGGUGGGAGGGUGAGGAUGGCUGGUGGUCAGAAGAAAGACGCCGCGGAGGACGGGUUGACGCCUCUGACCAGCGAGGAAAGGGACAGCUGGAACGGCUUCUGUGAGAUUGAGAACGAGCCAGCAUUAUUCAAUGCCAUACUAAAGGACAUCGGCGUCAAGGGGGUCAAGGUGCAGGAAGUGGUGUCGCUGGACGAGGAGAUGCUAGCCUUCUUGCCGAAACCCAUUUACGGUCUGAUCUUUCUCUUCCGCUGGAGAGAAGACGAUCCUCACAAGCAAGAACAGAGCUGCCCUGAGUCACUAUGGUUUGCCAAUCAGACGGUGGAAAAUGCAUGUGCCACCGUGGCGUUGCUCAAUAUAAUCUACAACAUCGAAGGUAUCGAGAUGGGAGAGGAGCUGAAGUCGUUCCGGGAGUUUACCAAAGACCUCAGUCCCGCCAUGCGAGGCUAUGCGAUUGGCAACUUUGAAUUUGUCAAAAAGGUGCACAACUCGUUUGCCAGGCAUGACAGGAACACAACUGCAUCUGCUGACCAGUACAGGAAAAUGGACAUUCUCAGCGCAGACAUGCUGCUCAAGAACCAGCAGAAGUGGAAGGCCCGAGGAAACCAAGAGCUAGACGAGUCCGAGGCCGGGUUUCAUUUCAUCGCAUUUGUCAAGGCCAAGGAGAGGGUAUGGAAAUUUGACGGUCUAGAACGACAACCCCAGAGUCUCGGAAAAUGCGUGGAGGAAGACUGGCUUGGACUGGCAACGAAAGAGAUCCAGACGAAGAUGGCAGAGUACGAAGAGGGAGAUAUCGAGUUUUCCAUCCUAAGCCUGUCCAAGGACCCGAUGACCGGAUACCUUGCCGACCUGGCAUCCAACGUCAAGGCUCUCCAGCACCUUAACAGCCGCUUAGCCGGGUUCGGAGAAAACUGCGACGAGGCAGACCCUGAAAACGCCGUGCUGUGCGGCCCAGACGCGCAGUACGGGCUGACCCCGGCUAUGCUCGAGCUCGCAUUGGUGCCCAGCGAGCUAGCAGAGACAGCCGAGAACGGCAACGAAGCACACGACCUCGACUCGCUUGCGCGCCAACGCCAGGCCCUCGUCGAGCAGCAACGCCUCCUCCGCACGCAGAUAACGGACGAGCAGAACAGCAGACAAAUCGAGCUCGACUACGCCCGCCGCCGCCGCUUCGACUACUGCGCGGCCGUCAACCGGUGGAGUCGCAUUCUCGUCCGCAAGCGCAAAUGCGAAGAGCUGCUUAGCUAA